AUGUCAAAAAUAGAUCGCUUACGUCACGAGGGAGGUUUCCGGCCGGCCUUGCUAUUCAACUGCUCCUCCAUAUCUCGGAUGAAAAUCAGAAAUAAAAUCGGACACGGCGUAUCCAAGCAGGCGUUUACUGCGGAAUUUUCCGGAUUACAGUUUGCUAUCAAGAUGGUAACGCGGCAUAUCCACGAAGUUCGGACUUGUCUCGAUCAAAUAAAACAAAUGAAAAUCGCUCAGCAAGUUUUCUCCCAAAAUAAACUCUCCACGCCCGCAUUUUCUGUGAAUCACAACGACAAAACAAACCAAUCUAACCAUAAAUCAUCUCAACAUAACACUGCAUUCAAACCUUUACAAUAUCACGACAACAACCACGAACAGAAUUAUAAAGAGACGCAUCACACGUCAUCGAAUCCUGUCAUUAACGAUUCCCCGGCCGUGGAAAUAACCCAGGGAGAACGCCAGCGCUGUUACACCUACCCCACAGCAAGGUUGAUGAAGGAGAUACUGCUCUCGGAACAGCUGCAGCACCGUAAUCUCGUCAGCCUGCUCGGCUAUUGUCUGCGGAGCGAGGAAUCCGACUCGACGGAUAUAUCGGAACACGGGGUCAUUAGCGUGUACGAACUGGGUUCUCGCUUCGUUCUCGAUAAUUUACAGAUCCUCCCCUGGCAAACACGAUUACGUCACGCCAUCGAGAUGGCCGAGCUCCUGGACUACCUCCAGCACUCCCCCCUCGGGUCACUCAUCGUGCCGGACUUCAAGGAGGGGCACCUCGUCAUGGUCAACGACAGCCUCAAGCUCAUCGACCUUGACGAUGUCAAUAACCUUGAACCCGAGUGCGACGCCAUGGACAACAAAGAAAACCCUUGCCCGUACAAUCUGAGGUGUGUCCGAGCUCUAUGUGAGGGAUUCAAUGCCAAGGAAAACCUCAAGCACAUGAACAAGCUCGUCCUGAAGCGCCUGCUGUUUCCCCUGACCUUCCCAGAGAGCGUCGUGGCUAAAAUAGGUCAGCUCAACGCCGACCUGGAUUCUUUGAAUUUGUCCGCCCGGGAGCUGAGGACUCAGCUGGUGGCUAUUCGCACACGUCUUGGUCAGAGUAGCUCAAGGAAAAGUUGA